AUGACUGAUAAAGAAGCAGAUGUCCUAUUGGUUGCUGGUUCUAUAAUCUUAAUCAUUAUCAACACCAUCACUUUUCCCUUCACAGUUCUGCUGAAUCUGCUGGUGAUAAAAGCUGUGAAAACAACGCCUCGACUCCAAACCAAAAGCAACAUCUUGCUAGCCUGUUUAGCGGUGACUGACGCCUUAACUGGUCUCCUUUGCCAGCCAUUGUUUAUCCUGUGGAGAAUAUUCCUAUUAUUCGGUCUUAGUAAUAGUGACACGGUUGAACUUUUCUUUUUCACAUUUGUAGCUGUAAUGGUAACAGCUUCAUUCUUUCAUAUGAUGUUAGUUACGUUCGAGAGACUCAUAUCCAUCAAAUUUACGAUGCAGUACUCAAACAUUGUCACUUAUAAUAACAUGAAGAUAGCAGUGCUAUCAGUUUGGAUCCUUUCUUUAAUCAAAGGGAUUCUAAGAAUGACUAUCUUCAUAGUAUCCUUUUAUUUAACAUCGCUUAUCAUUAUUUCAAAUAUUCUUUUUCUUUUUUUCACUUACUUCACCAUCUAUCGAGAGACACGUCGGCACCAACAAAGGAUGAAAACUCAACAACUUCCCCAAGAUGUAGCAGAAAGGUUUGUCAAAGAGAACAAGGCGCUUAAGACAACUGUGUUUAUAGUUGGUGCUGCUACUGUUUGCCUUCUGCCAAUUUGUUUUUGUUUUAUCAUAACAGUUACAGGCGUCUAUGGGAUUUGCCCCAUCAAAGUACGAUGGAUGGUAACAUGUGCCUUGUUAAACUCGCUUUUUAAUCCUCUAAUUUACUGCUGGAGACAAAAAGAAAUGAGAAAAGUCAUUUUUGGACUAAGAAACCAGGUCGUGAAUGUAGAUAUCCAAUAAAGGAUGGGAAUGUAAAGAAAGGAUUACAACUUCAUAACUACGCGUGUAAAAAUUUUUCUUACGUCUUUUCCAGCAACUGCAUAAUAAUAAAUGCCAAUUAAGCUUUUGAUCACGAUAGAUGAUUGUCAGCCACAUGGAAAAUUAAAACGUUAUUAGUAAUAAUUAUUUUUGAUGCAAUAUUUUUUUGUCAAAUUAAAGGAAACGCUUUCUUUCUGUUCAA